AUGGCCAAUGGUAGCGUCUUCUCCAGUAACGUCACCCAGGUGUCUCCCGGCAACAAUAGGACUGCGGUGAUUGUGCAGACAUUCUUUUUUACCUUGUUGCUUCUGUGCUUCAUCAUGUUCCUUUAUCUGAUAUUGGGGAUACUGAACAUCUACUUCUCUACCCCCCAUCUCCGAGAGACCCUUCGCUGUGUCUUCUUUGCCCACAUGCUUGUCAGUGACACCCUUUAUUUUCUAGUUGCGCUCUUCCUGCUGUUGAGUAGUAUAAUAUAUGUUUUCCAAAUGCCGAUACCCUUCUGCCUCGCUAUCCAGACUUUGGCCACAGCAACGUACAGGGUCACGCCAUACAAUCUGGCGGUCAUGUCCAUAGAACAAUACAUCGCCAUAUGUUUCCCUUUAAGACAUGGAGCAUUUUCCACUGACCGUAAUUCAAAUGUGGCCAUUGCAAUAAUGUGGGUGGUUGGGUUGAUGCCUAAUGCCGCUGAAUUUAUUGCCAUGAGCCCGGUGGUCACCAAGGACUUUUUUCUCCACUCUGCUAUCUGCAACCGGGCUGUUAUAGUCCUGCACCCAGUACAAGACACUAUACAGUCAUUUAGUUACAUCGUCACAUUCGUCCUGGUGGCUCUCGUCAUUGUCUACACCUACAUCAAGGUUAUGCUGGUGGCUCAGAAGAUCACUUCUAAACAAAUGGCAGCCUCCAAGGCUGGUAAAACAGUCAUGCUCCACGCUCUCCAGCUCUUUUUAUGCAUGAAUGCCUUCCUCGCCUCCCUCACAGAGAAAUAUCUAAAAGACUACAUUCCAUUCAUCUUCUUGAUUAACUUUCUGAUCUUCAUGUGCUUGCCGAGGUUCCUUAGUCCCUUAAUUUAUGGGCUGAGGGAUGACGCUUUCCGCAAAGGAAUAAAACACUUAUUCUCUAUACCUUGCUGUAGAUAAAGCCUUCUAAGAACCCAAUGGCAACCAUAUACAGGUCAACCAUACACAUGGAGUGAGGAG